UGUGUGUGUUCAGGUUCAUGUGAGAGAUUGUGGCGCAAGUUGUUAAAUUGUCCAGGGGCGGCGCUGUUUGAUCUUCGAUGUGUUGGAUUUGAAUCCAGUGAAGAAGACGUUGCUCGCUUGUGAUUGGCUGUCGGACUGUUCACCGGAAUCUGUGUGUAAACAAAGCUAAGCUAGCGAAGCUGCCGAACCUUUAUGAACAAAAUCACAAAAACACCAACAGUGGCUCCAUGCGAAGGAAUAAAAAGCGCUAAAGUAUCCCAGAAAGCACAGCAGUAAGUACAAAACCGAGGAGUGACUUCAAGCGGUGGGAUUAACUCUGAAACAUCCGUUGGAUUUGGUGGAUUCGGUUCGGCCCCCCGUCGCUGCCAUGAACCGAUCCGCGGUCUGACUGGACGAUAAUGGCAGCAGAGCUGUUCUUCACCAACAAGCUGGUUCCGUCCACUUCAACAAGCAGCAGCUCGUCCGUCCAGCAGUACCAGAACCUGACCAACAACAACAGCAGCAGCAGCACGUGCUGCAGCUGGCAGGGCCUGUACCCGACCAUCCGAGAGAGAAACUCAGUCAUGUUCAACAAUGAGAUGAUGGCAGAUGUUCACUUUGUGGUUGGACCUCCAGGAGGAACACAGAGAGUCCCUGGACACAAGUACGUUUUGGCCGUGGGCAGCUCUGUCUUCCAUGCCAUGUUCUACGGAGAACUGGCUGAGGACCAGGAUGAGAUCCGGAUCCCCGACGUGGAGCCGCCGUCCUUUUUGGCCAUGUUGAAGUACAUCUACUGCGACGAGAUCGACCUUUGUGCCGACACCGUGCUCGCAACCCUUUAUGCUGCAAAGAAGUACAUCGUGCCUCACCUGGCUCGCGCCUGCGUCAACUUCUUGGAGACCAGCCUCAGCGCAAAGAACGCCUGCGUGCUGCUGUCUCAGAGUUGCCUGUUUGAGGAGCCCGACCUGACGCAGCGCUGCUGGGAGGUGAUCGACGCGCAGGCGGAGCUGGCGCUGCGCUCCGAGGGCUUCUGUGACAUCGACGCCCAGACGCUAGAGAGCAUCCUGCGGCGGGAGACGCUCAACGCCAAAGAGAUGGUGGUGUUCGAGGCUGCGCUGAGCUGGGCCGAGGCCGAAUGCCAGAGGCAGGAGCUCCCGCCGACCAUCGAGAACAAGCGGCUGGUGCUGGGGAAGGCCAUCUACCUGAUCCGCGUGCCGACCAUGGCGCUGGAGGACUUCGCCAACGGGGCGGCGCAGUCCGGCGUCCUCACGCUCAACGAGACCAACGACAUCUUCUUGUGGUACACCGCCGCCAAGAAGCCGGACCUCCUGUUCUGCACCAAACCGCGGAAAGGCCUGUCGUCGCAGCGCUGCCACCGCUUCCAGUCCUGCGCCUACCGGAGCAACCAGUGGCGCUACCGGGGCCGCUGCGACAGCAUCCAGUUCGCCGUGGACAAGCGCGUCUUCAUCGCCGGCUUCGGCCUGUACGGCUCCAGCUGCGGCUCGGCCGAGUACAGCGCCAAGAUCGAGCUGAAGCGGCAGGGCGUGCCCAUGGCGCAGCGCAUCAUAAAGUACUUCUCGGACGGUUCCAGCAACACCUUCCCGGUGUGGUUCGAGUACCCGGUGCAGAUCGAGCCCGACACCUUCUACACCGCCAGCGUGGUGCUGGACGGCAACGAGCUCAGCUACUUCGGCCAGGAGGGCAUGACCGAGGUGCAGUGUGGGAAAGUCACCUUCCAGUUCCAGUGCUCCUCCGACAGCACCAACGGCACCGGCGUGCAGGGCGGGCAGAUCCCAGAACUCAUCUUCUACGCCUGAGCCCGUCGACUCCACGCCAAGCUGGGACACUUUGAAAAGGAAGUCAAAUGCACAAGAGGACAUUUUCAACUACGUGCAUUUAUAAAACAAAUAAAACUGGUUUUAUAAAAGGUUAAAAAACAUGUUUUGACUCAGUUUUCUUUCUUUCAAUUAAAGUAACAGUGGACUGAU